GAUCAUGUAGUUGGCCAUUUGAAAAACUGACCAUGAGCAAAAGAUCUCUAAUGGAAAUUUCUCCAAUGUUUUUUGUACUAUUCAUUUGUUGUCUUAGUUUAAAAUUUGUCUCAGCAACUACCAAUAUUACCGCCACUAAAUUCCUUAAAGAUCCAGGAACCUUACUGUCUAGUAAUUCCAUUUUUAAGAUUGGGUUUUUCAGCCCCACUAACUCAACAAACCGCUAUGUUGGAAUAUGGUAUAAUAUUGAGAAAUCUGUUACAAUGGAAAUUGUAUGGGUAGCCAACAGGAACAACCCCAUUAAAGAUUCUUCUGGUGUGCUGAAAAUAUCCGAGGAUGGGAAUCUUCAACUCUCAAAUGGACAAAACAUUAUCAUUUGGUCGUCAAAUGUGUCUCAUCAGGCAAACAGCUCAUCUGUUGCUCAGCUUAAAGACACUGGGAAUCUUGUUUUGAUUUCAAGUGUCAGUGGGAUGAUCACCUGGCAGAGUUUCGAGCAUCUCACAAAUUCGUUGUUGCCACACACUAGGAUCUCAAUUGACAAGGAUAGUAUGAAAGAGAAUUCAAUUCAACUACGAUCUUGGAAGAGCGCUUCAGACCCGUCAAAUGGACGGUUUACAAGUGGGAUUAUUCCUCAAACACUUCCUGAAAUUGGCACUUGGAAUGGUGAUAAACUUUAUUGGCGAUCCGGGCCAUGGAACGGCAAUCUAUUUCUUGGAAUGCCUAAUUUGAGCGCAGAGGCUUCCUUUGGAUUUCGUAUCAUAAAGAAUGACCUCGAAGACACACUUGAGGUAUUAUUCUCUGUGUCAGAUGAAUCAUUACUUAUCUACUUUGUUUUGAAUAGUGAUGGAAAUGUGGUCUUGAAAAAUUGGGAUAAUGAUAUCCAGAAGUGGAAAAUUUGGGGGCAAUCCUUUACAUCUGAGUGUGCUUUUUACGGCAAGUGUGGUCCUUAUGGAAGUUGUGACCCAAAGGGUUUACCAGUAUGUAGCUGCUUAAAGGGGUUUGAACCAAACAGAUUUAAUGAGUGGAGUCAUGGAAAUUGGACUAGUGGUUGUGUACGAAGAACACCUUUGCAAUGCGGAAAAAAUACAGGAGGCAAAGUAGACAGGUUUCUGAUGCUUAAGGGUAUAAAAGUUCCAGACUAUGCUGAAUUCGUAUUAGCAAAUGAUCAAGAUGAUUGUAGGAGAAAGUGCUUGGAUAUUUGUUCUUGUUUGGCUUAUGCUUAUCCUAAGGGUAUCGGGUGCAUGAUCUGGAAUAAAAGCCUAAUUGAUUUGCAACAAUUGUCUCAUGAUGGUUCUGAAUUUUCUCAUCUUUUUAUUCGUUUGGCUCAUUCAGAACUAGAAGAAACCAGAAAUUUGAUAUUAAUUAUUUCAGUCAUAGUGAUCAUGGUGACAGCCACUUUUUCUGUUUUCGGGUACUAUCUAUGGAGGUGGAUGUGUCAACGGCAUGAUAAGAAAUCCUCAACCAAGGAGACAAAAUCUAUUGCUUCCCGAGUAGAUCCAGUUGAAUUUAAAGAUUUGGCAUUGUUAAAAUUUAACCAAUUAGAAGUUGCAACCAACAACUUUUCCAACAUCAACAAGCUCGGAGAAGGUGGAUUUGGUCCAGUAUACAAGGGAAAGCUGGAAGAUGGGCAAGAUAUAGCGGUGAAAAGACUUUCAAGAUCAUCUGGACAAGGCCUUCAAGAAUUCAUGACUGAAGUGUUAGUGAUUUCAAAACUUCAACACAAUAAUCUUGUCAAAUUAUUGGGUUGUUGUGUAGAAGGAGAAGAGAAAUUACUAGUUUAUGAAUAUAUGCCGAAUAGGAGUCUGGAUGCAGUUCUCUUUGAUCCAAAUCAUCGAAAACAGUUAGACUGGAGGACGCGUUUCAGUAUUAUCAAUGGGAUAUGUCGAGGCCUUCUUUAUCUUCAUAGGGACUCUAGAUUGAAGAUUAUACACAGAGAUCUCAAAGCAAGCAACAUUUUGCUUGAUGAAGAGCUCAAUCCAAAGAUAUCAGACUUUGGAACGGCAAGGAUAUUUGGGACAAAGCAAGAUCAAGCUAACACUGUACGUGUAGUUGGCACCUAUGGCUACAUGUCUCCUGAGUAUGCUAUGGAAGGUUGUUUUUCUGAGAAAUCGGAUGUAUUUAGUCUGGGAGUGCUACUAUUGGAGAUUGUCAGUGGAAGAAGAAACAGCAGCUUUCUGGAAAAUGAAUCUCUGAGCCUCUUAACUUAUGCAUGGAAAUUAUGGAACGAGAACAUUAUGCUUUCCUUGAUCGAUCCAACAAUUUCUUAUCAAUCUUUUCAAGGUGAGAUUCUGAAGUGCAUACAGUUGGGGUUAUUGUGCGUGCAAGAAUUUCCAGAAGAUAGACCAUCCAUUUCGGCGUUGAUUUCCAUGCUUGAUGUCCAUGACAUUACUGAUCUUCCUCGUCCAAAGCAACCUGGCUUCACUCUAAGGCAAGUUAAUUCUACUGACGAGUCCCCCCAAAUUGGUGGAGAACAUUGUACGGUGAACCAUCUUUCUUUGACUGUUGUAAGUGGUCGAUAUAUAGUUUAUGCAUAUAGGUCUAUUGUUCAAUGUCCAUUUUUAUGCAUAUUGAAUAUCAUUGACAUAUUUGGUUGCCUAUGUAAUUGGGCGUUUAGCAAACUGACCGUAACCAAAAAUACACAAAUGGAAACUUCUCUUUUGUUUAUUCUACUGUUCCUCUGCUGUGUUUGUUUGAAAUUUAUCUGUGCAGCUUCCAAUAUUUCAACCACUGAAUUCCUUAGCGACUCGGAAACCUUAGUGUCUAGUAAUGGCCGUUUCAAGAUUGGGUUUUUCAGCCCCACUAACUCGACACAUCGAUAUGCUGGCAUCUGGUAUAAUAUUGAGGAUUCUGAUACGAAAGAAGUUGUAUGGGUAGCUAACAGGAACACCCCAAUUAAUGACUCUUUUGGGGUGCUGAAAAUAUCUGAAGAUGGUAAUCUUCAACUGUCAGAUGGACAAAACAUGACCGUUUGGUCAUCAAAUAUAUCUCAGCAAGCAAACAGUACUUCAGUCGCUCAACUUCUUGACACAGGGAACCUGGUUUUGCUUUCAAGUGCUAGUAAGAUGAUCAUGUGGCAGAGUUUUGAGCACCUCCCGGAUUCCUUAUUGCCACAGACGAACAUCAUAUUAAACCUCUUGACUGCCAAUCGUUCGGAUGAGAACCCGAUACUGCGAUCUUGGAAGAGCGCUUCAGACCCAUCAAAUGGACGUUUUAGGACUGGAUUGAUUCCUUUCCCAAUUACUGAAUUUGUCACCCGCAAUGAUGAUAAAACUUAUUGGCGAUCUGGCCCAUGGAACGGUAGCAGAUUUCUAGGAGUGCCUUAUAUAUCUGCGGAGGUAUUCCGUAUCAUAUUUAAUGGCCGUGAUGACACACUUGACUUCUCUUAUUUUGUUGCAAAUGAAUCAUUGCUGGAGUACUUUGAUUUGAAUUAUGAUGGAAAUAUUGUUCUAAAAUACUGGGAUGAUGGUGGGCGUAAGUGGGAAAUUGGUUGGCAAUCCAUUGAAUCUGAUUGUGAUGUCUAUGGUAAGUGUGGUCCUUUUGGACGUUGUAACCCAAAGGAUUCACCAAUUUGUAGUUGCUUGCAUGGGUUUGAGCCAAAGAGCAUUGAGGAAUGGAGCGAAGGCAACUGGACUAAUGGGUGUGUCCGAAGGACACAAUUGCUAUGUGGCCUUACCGGAAGAAGAUCAGAUGGAUUUUUGAGGCUACAGCAUAUGAAAUUGCCACAUUAUAUUACUUUUGAAUCAGCCAAUAAUCAAGAUGAUUGCAGAAGGAAGUGCUUGGAAACUUGUUCGUGUUUGGCUUAUGCGUAUCCUUUAGGAAUCGAAUGCAUGAUAUGGGAUGAAAACCUUAUGGACAUACAAGUAUUCUCUGCCGAUGGUGCUGAUCUAUUCAUUCGUUUGGCUCAUUCAGAACUAGAUGAUCCAAGCAAUAGGAAUACUAAAAUAAUUGCAAUUAUAGCAGCUGUUUCUGCAACUGCGUUUGUUGUCUUGAUGUAUUGUCUAUGGAAGUUGGUCAGGCAAAGAUAUGGUAAGAAAAUCACAAACAUGGAAACAAGAAGUGUUGAUUUUGAAGUGGAUCAAGCUGAAUUCAAAGAUUUACCAUUGUUUGAAUUUAAAGAAUUGGAAGUUGCAACGGGCAACUUCUCAGAGAUGAACAAGCUUGGCCGAGGUGGUUUUGGUCCGGUGUACAAGGGGAAAUUGGAAAAUGGGCAAGUGAUAGCCGUUAAAAGACUUUCAAGGGCAUCUGGACAAGGCCUACAAGAAUUUAUGAACGAGGUUCUUCUGAUUUCAAAACUUCAACACAAAAAUCUUGUCAAACUUUUGGGUUGCUGUGUAGAAAGAGAAGAGAAACUAUUGGUAUAUGAAUACAUGCCAAAUAAGAGUUUAGAUGCUCUUCUCUUUGAUUCGCAUCAACGAAAACAGUUGGACUGGAAGAAGCGCUUCAAUAUUUUUAAUGGGAUAUGUCGAGGCCUCCUUUAUCUUCACAGAGAUUCUAGAUUGAAGAUCAUUCAUAGAGAUCUUAAAGCCAGCAAUAUUUUGCUGGAUGAAGAGUUCAAUCCAAAGAUAUCUGACUUUGGAAUGGCAAGGAUAUUUGAGAACAAUCAAGAUCAAGCCAAUACCUUAAGAGUUGUUGGGACCUAUGGCUACAUGUCUCCGGAAUAUGCUAUGGAAGGCCGAUUUUCAGAGAAAUCAGAUGUGUUUAGUUUGGGAGUGCUGCUACUUGAGAUAGUCAGUGGCAGAAAAAAUAGUAGCUUUCUGAAUGAUGAAUCUUUGAGCCUCUUAACUUAUGCAUGGAAGUUGUGGACCGAGAAUGAUACACUUUCAAUGAUUGAUCCAACAAUUCUUUAUCCUUGUUUUAAUGGUGAGAUUUUGAAGUGCAUUCAGUUGGGGUUAUUAUGCGUUCAAGAAUAUCCCGAAGAUAGGCCAACCAUUUCGACAUUGAUUUCGAUGCUUGAUGUUAAUGAUGUUAUGGAUCUCCCACAUCCAACAGAACCUGGAUUUACUCAUAGAAAACUUCCUUCAUCUGAUGAAAUCCUUCAAAGUAGCCAAGAACAUGGCUCUAUAAACAAUGUCUCUCUGACUGAAUUCAGUGGUCGAUAGUAUAUUGUGUCAUUGUGUAUGUUCCUCUAAGAGGAUUUACAUGCGUACUUUCUUGUUAAGUGUGUUGUGGAUUUACACGUUAUUAUGUAUUUACGUCUACAAACGUGGUGUGAUGAAAUCGCGAUCAGAAUCCUCCAAUGGAGAUGGCCGACUCUUGGCUGGAAAUUGCUGGAUGUUAACAUGCUACUAAUUUGGAAGAUGUCUAGUGCGGCCACUAGCCUGUGUAAGUGCUCAAACUCUUGUUAUUAAUAUGUCUUAAUCUAAUGAAUUGUAACUGAUAUUUGACAUGGUCACAUACUCAUAGACAAUGGGCCAGAUCGGGUUGGAUUUUAUGAACUCCAUACCCGACCCGCCUAUAUUCGGAUUUGGAUUUUUAGAGUUAGAUUCGGAUUGUAUUUAUCGGAUUCUUGAUUUAUUAUAGUUUAAUAUCAAUACAUGGAAUUUAAUAUGCUUCACUAUUA